GAGAGCUGCGGGGAGCGGCGGCGGCGGGCGGCGGCGGCUCGGCCCCGGGUGCCCCAGGGGCUGCCUGCGAGCUGGCGGCGUCCCCGGGGCUCCUGCCCGGCGUGGAGCAUCCUUCUUCCGGGCACCGGCUUGCAGCGGCACCGGCGGCGGCAGCGGCAGCGGCACCGGCAUCAGCAUCGACACGGACACCAACAUCAGCAUCAACGCCGGCACCAACACCGGCAUCGGCAGUAGCGCCGACACCGGCAGCAGCACCGCCGGCACCAGUAUCGGUAUCGCUGCUGGCACCAGCCCCAGCGGAGCCCAGAUUGGAGCCAGAGGGGUCCCAGCCAGGAGUCCCCAUACCCUGUGGGGUCCCUCCCUGGCUGAGUGACAUCGGGAGUGGGAACUGCCAGGCCAGGGAGUGGAGCAGGACCCUGGGCACGGGCAAGACGCAGCGCCAGGCCAGGCUGGAGGGUGCCCGGGUUAGCAUGACUGAGGUGGAACCUGUGCUGGACUUCGCAUCCUCUGGGAGAACAGGCCGGCGCAAUGCCUUGCCCGACAUCCUGGGCUCACCGGCCGGCGUCAGCCCCUCCGACCUCCCCCUCAAGCUGGCUGAGAUGUCCCUGAACGCAGGCAGUGCCCAGGAGAUGCAGUCGCCCUCGGCAGAGAUGCCCCCUCCACAGGCCACCAGUCCUGAGCUGAAGGACACGUCCUAACCCCACUCCCCGGGGUGGACAUUGCUGACCAGCAGAGGAAAGAGGCCAUGGAGCAUCCGCUCCGCUUUCCUGGCACGGCCGGAGGCUGCUGGGUUUUUCUGGGUGCUACCGCGGCGAGACUGUUGGGCGUCACCCCCCUGCCAUGGGGGGAGCAGCACAUGGCGGGGACCUGCCAUGACAGAGGGGCCAUUCCCACCCACGCCCUGGGCAAGGACCCGGGGGGGGGGAGAGGAAUUUUUUUUGCCUUCCUGGCAUGGAGGAAUAUUUUUCUUCUGGGUCAUUUGGCAGAGCC